CCAAUCAAGCAGAUUUCGGAUUACUUCCCCCGGUUUCCUCGGGGCCUGCCCGCCACGGUCAGCCGGAGCAACAGCCUGCGUUCGUCCACCAGCCAGGCAACGGUCAGCCCCUCUGAGAACACUCCCCGGGAGGAAGAUGAAGAUGUGGACCACGUCUUCGGGGCAUACGGGACCGAACCCGUUGAGCCGCCCCCCAAGCGGCCUGUCCAAGAGGAGGAGGAAGCCGUGGGCCUUGCCCGGCGGCUCACGAAUCCGUGUUUACUGUACUGCCCUGGGGACUUUAGACUUCAGCUUACUGUACGACCAAGAAAACAACGCUCUUCAUUGUACAAUCAAUAAAGCCAAGGUGCCAAAAUUUUAUCUUCGAAAGGGCCUGAAGCCUAUGGACCAUAAUGGGCUGUCUGAUCCCUACGUGAAAUUGCACUUACUUCCCGGUGCCAGUAAGGCAAAUAAAUUGAGGACUAAAACCUUGCGGAACACCUUGAAUCCUACCUGGAACGAAACGCUUACGUACUACGGGAUCACCGACGAGGACAUGAUCCGCAAAACGCUCAGCCAGAUAACUAAGGAUCAUAGAGUUGGAAGGAGCUAUAGAGGCUGUCUAGUCCAACCCCCUGCUCAACGCAAGAUCAGCCUAAAGAAUCCCUGGCAAGUCGUUGUCCAGCAACUUAAGUUGUUGGUGGUUUGUGGGCCAAGUGAAAACCACAUCCGGUGCUUGGACGGGAGUUUGGAUACAGGAUACGGGAGUUUGGAUAAGUACCUAUACGGAUGA